AACGAAAAAGAAAAAGAGAUAAUCGAUAAUGAACCCUUUCCUUAGCUUUCACUGAAUCACAUAUUUAUUAAUAUAUGUUUAUGAUGCUUGAAUGACAUCCUUAUUAAGGAAAGAUCCUUUUUAAAUUUCAUGUUCAGACUUAAAAUGAUCAACGAAAAUGAAAUUGCAGAGUCCAUUCCUGAGGCCACCAACCCAUUAGCCCCUUCUUGUCUUCCUCUUCUUCUUCUUCUUCUUCUCAGCGAGGGUUUGAAAUGGAGUAGUAGUUGAUCAAUUAUCUUUGGAGAACUCGCAGAAUGAAGAUCCGAAUAAGCAGGAUCAGAAAAAGAUGACUGAAAUGGAGGACUCUGCUAAAAUGACGAUUGAUUUUCUUCGUGCUCGGUUGCUCGCUGAAAGAUCUGUCUCAAAAAGUGCAAGACAAAGAGCUGAUGAACUGGCUGAAAGGGUGGUGGCACUGGAGGAACAACUAAAAGCUGUGACUCUUCAAAGAAACAAAGCUGAGAAAGCAACUGCUGAGGUUCUAGCAAUUUUGGGAAACCAUAGGCUCAGUGACUUCUCUGAGACAUAUGAUUCUAGCUCUGAUCAAGAAGGGUCCCUCUGUGAAUCUAAGGAGGGUACUGAACCUGCAAAGAAAGAGCAAAGCUUUGUGACUUCGAACGCAAGGAUGAACACAUUGGAGUUUUCUGGUUCAGAGCCAAGAAGUUCUCCUGUAACUGGUAGAAGUUUAUCUUGGAAAAAAUGCACAGAGAGUCCAACUUCUUUCAAGUCGGAAUACAUGGAUCAGAGCAGGAGGAGCAGCAGUUUCAAUUCCAAGAUUAGAUCUUCUUCCAGAAGAAAUUUGGGCAAGUCAUGCCGCCAGCUAAAACGAAAAGAAAUAAGAUCAGGAGCUGAUGAAGGGAGAGGUGAAUCUUUCCAGCAUGGCACACAAGGAAAUGGAGAAUCUAUCAUGUCAAGAGACACUUCCAAUGGCUCUAAAGAUGAUUCAAUGGAGACCACAGAAGAAAGAUCUAAAACUAAGGAAGAAAAAGUGUUUCUCGAAGAUAUGGAAAGGGCACUAGAACAUCAAGCCCAGCUCAUUGUUCGAUAUGAAGCAGAAGAAAAUGCUCAGAGAGAGUGGGAAGAGAAGUUUAGAGAAGAUAACAGCUGUACUCCGGAUUCAUGUGAACCUGGGAAUCAGUCUGAUAUCACUGAAGAAAGGGAUGAGAUCAGGGCAGAAACUGUUGAUCCUCGGAACAUGCAGGAUUUAUGUGAACCUGGGGAUCAGUCUGAUGUCACUGAAGAAAAGGAUGAGAUCAGGGCAGAAACUGUUGAACCAGCUUACACAAUUCCGUCUCAUGACCAUGGAGUGAGGUCAGUGGAAGAAUAUGUUUGUCAUGAUGAAGAUAAAGUAGACAAACACCCUUCCGAUGGAGUUGUUCCUACAGUGCAUGCUGAAAUGGGUUGCCUGCCGGUUCAACAGCACAGCAGCUGCAGCAGCGGAAUGGUUAAUGAAGUCUCGACUAGUUCCUAUUUUUCAAGCCAAUUGAAAACAGAAACUAAUACCAGGGGGAAGGAAAAGCUAGAGUUGUUGGACAAAUCUCUUCAUCAACCUUUUUUUGUGUCCUCUGAGCAUCGUCCUCAGCAGAAAUCAUCUUGUCACGUGUGUGAGAAUUUUUGUGAAGGAGAAUCAUCGGUAGAGCAGAACAAAACCCAACUGGUGUCGUUGCAUGAAACAAAAGAUGGCUUGCAUGGUGUAUUGGAGGCCUUGCAACAUGCAAAGUCAUCUCUGAAACAAAAACUUGAUAGAUUGCCAUUAUCAAGCCUAGGAGGGCCUAUUGUGGGAGCAAAAGAUGCCCCGUUUCCAGCGAAUAAGGAUUGGGAUGCCAUGGAGAUUCCUGUUGGAUGUGCGGGGCUAUUCAGAGUACCAACUGACUUGAAAUUCGAAAAUACUGCUCAUCAUUCCCAGAUCAGUUUGUUGGGGCCCUUUCCUGAUUCUCAUCUAAGUUUGACCAGGUAUUCUCCCAACAUGGGAGUUGGAGGUGCUGCUUCUGGAGAUAUAUACACUGCCAGCCCUUACAUGGAGAGCGGGUUAAGUAGUUCUACUCAAAAGUCAUAUCUUGAUAGUUAUAUGGAUAUGAGCAGCAGGGGAAUACCUGCAUCCAGUAGAUACACCUAUCCUUCAUAUGCAGAUUUGGUCCUGAAAACACCUUCUGUCUAUGGUGAUGGAAUUCAAAGGCUAUCAAGUGUAGGAACUAUGCCUUCUGGUUCUGGAGAUCAAAAUUACAUUUACCAUGAUCAGAUCAGGCCAAAUACACAUAGAUAACGGCAAGAAAUUGGUGGUUGAUGGCUUUAUCUAGUAUUAGUCUCCUACAGUGAUUUUGUGAUGUCAGUUGGCGAUUUCUAUUUAAUGGUUAACAUGCUUGAGUAUGCCUUUUUGUUUCUCAUAUCACUGUGGGAUGAAUUGGGAUUGAUUAUUUUUAUUUGAAAAAUAACAAAGUGAAGGAACAGACAAUAAAUUCUGGGAUUUGAGGCAUGAAAGGAAAGCCAAGGUUUACCACGAUCGAUUAGAGCUCAAAUAACUGGCAGGACUGUUUUAAGAGGUGCGGAGGAAAGGCAGUACUGUGCUAAGAAAAUUAUUUGAUGUACAUCAUCCUUAUGUUACAAGUUCAAGCAGCAAUAGCUGAAGCUUGAAAAUAGAUCUUUCUCCAGUCUGUAUUAUGGCCAAAGGAGCGAAACCAAAGGUCUAAAGCUUGUCGCUUACUAAAGGAUGCAUCUUUCUUUGAACUUCUUGUUCAAGGUUGAUCUAUGCUCCAUUUGGAUAAAGAAGAGGUCGGUAAGGUGGUUCUGAACUUUGCAUUUUGUUCUAUUGGACUGUUUCAAGCAGCGUUGGGGAGAGGUGCUUUGCUGAGCGAAUGAUUCUAACAAUUGAGAUCCUGCACUUGGUAUACAUCUUUGUUUUGCUCUUAUAUCGGUUCAAACAAUAGCCGCAAUUUGAAACUUGGAAGUUGGGUUUUUGCUUUAGUCAAUAUAUGCAUGGUUAUAGCUUCCUCUC